AUGGAAAAUAAGGCAACUACUCGACAUCAAAUAUUAAGUGACUAUGAAAUUCAAGAAAUUUUGGCUGAUUCUGCUUCUGAAAGCGAGGCUGAAAUUGAAGGUGAUGGUGAAGAAGAAGAUAAUUAUGAGGAUAUGAAAGUAGAUGAACGUGAAGAAAUUUCUAUCAAUUUUUCUGCGAGUAAUCGUCGAACAGCACGAAAUCAAAAUGUACCUUCUCCAGUAUGGUCUACUGGCAAUUUCAAGCCUCAUUUGUUUCGUUUUGAUUCAAGCGAAUCUGGUUUGACACAGUAUUUGAUGAAUCAUCAGCUUCAGGUUCCACUAGAUUUUUUUCAAUUCUAUUUUGAUCAAACUCUGAUGGAUAUAAUUGUAACAGAAACAAAUCGAUAUUGUCUACAAAAUUCUAAAAACACUUUACCACAUGCUGCUCGUUGGAUAGAUACAACUAUUGAUGAAAUGUAUGUAUUUUUGGCUGCAACUAUCCUAAUGACUCAUGCAAAAAAAACAUAA